UUGUUACGGACCCCGAAAUUUCAUAACAUUUUUUUGUUAUUUGUCAAACAAGCAUGCUUUUUUGUACGACUUGCCGGGUAUUUUAGAAAUAGUUGCUAAUAUUCACUUGGAUUUGUCUAUAAGUGUUAUUUCAUACAGUAUUCAGUGGUAAAACAUGCCAACGACUCGUAAAAAAGUAAUCAAGACCGUUUACAAAGAUGAAAACGACAGCGAGCCCGAGGAAACAGGAGAUUUUAGCGACUCGGGGUCCGAUGCCAAAAUAACUGACGUCUCCAGCUCCGAGGACGAAGAGCAAGCCGUGUCGUCAGGAGAAGAAUUUGAAGACGAAGACACGAAGGGUAGUAAAGCAAAAAAAUCAGCACCGAAAAGAAAGCCGCAAUUUGCGAAAAACUUCAUUAAGAAGAUUCGCGAUGAACCUCAAGAUGGUUCGGAUGAGAAUGCUGCCGUAAAAGCGUUUUCAGUGAAGGAUUUGACUGAUGCUGAUAAAUUGCUGCCAUCUUUCCUCAACCUGUCAGAAAGUGAUAGUAGUGAUGAUGAAUCUCCCAGAAAACCACCAAGUUUACCUGCCAACACCACCUUCUCGUCAGCUAAUGAUGCAGACAGCGACCAUGAAACUAAAAUGGAGUAUCAAGAUGUAUGGUCUAAAAACAUACCUGACAACAGUGAGGAGAUUGCGCAAAAGACUUUCAAAGAAUUGGAAAUCCACAAAACAAAAGUUGAAGAGACAAAAGCUUCAAUCCUCAAUUACACAGCCAAGAGCUCCUCCAAGGCCUUUGAUGUGAAGGAUCUGUUGGCUCAGGGAGAGGAUGUGCUACCUGAGUCCAAAGAAGUAAAGAAAAGUAAAAAAAAGAAGAAACAAAAUGACAGUGACUCGGAAAUGGAGGACUGGGAAGAGGUGAAAGAGUCAAAAGCACUACCAGCGUCAGGAUUGCAGGUGGUCGUAGACUUCCCCGACGCUGCCCACAGGAAAUCUAAAAAGAUAGACCUUGAAAUGAUGAUGAAAAGAAAAAUGAACAGAGUCAAAAAAGAGUAUCAAGUGUACAUGCACAAGGUCCAUGUUCUAUGCUGGUUAGGCCACGGGAAUUAUGUAAGCUCAGUUUUAAAUGAUCAGGAUAUAAUGAGUGCCGUGUUAUCGUUGGUUCCUUCAAAAGAAUGCUACCCAGGUGAACGAGUUGAUGUGAAGUAUGUUGAACAGAUAACAAAAUGGUUUCAGAACAAAAUAACUUUAAAACAAGAUAAACAUGAAAACAAGUUCAAACCUAAAGCGCCGCCUCUUAAAGAAAUCUUAUUAAAAGAGAUUAAAAACAAGACGGUGUCAACAAAGAAGUUCAUGUUCUUUAUUUUUGUCAGUAUGUUAAGGGCUCUCGGCCUCCAGUGUCGAGUCAUGUUCAACUUUGUGACAUUGCCAAUCAGACCGCCCAGUUCCGAACUAUGUUCUCUUUCUACCAAACCAAAAGACGAAAAGAAGAAUGUGGAGCCUAAAAACGAAGAUACAAAAAAAUCGGCUCCUAAAAAAGGAUGCAAAUCUAAAAGCAAAUCAAAACAGAGCAUUGCUCAAAUUGAUGGAAACUAUGAUAGUGACAUGGAUGUGGAUGAUAGCUAUUAUAGUGACACGAACAUUAUGCAAAUUGAUGGAAAUGAUGAUGGUAAUAUUGAAACAGCAAAAGGUCGUAAACCUAGGCGAAGUAAAGCGGCUAUAGCCUUGGAACUCACAGGAAAGGCGGAGGAUGUUUCACCACCUAAAAGAGCAAGAAGAAGUGUUGCCAAUCCCUCAAACUCUGAACCAUUGAAAAGUGUAUCCGAGGAUAAAACAUUACCUAAGAGAAGAAACAGAAAAGCCAGUGAAGAUAAAGCUAAGGCCCAAGAGACAAAAUCAGUUGAAAUAGACUCUAGUAAUAAAGCGUCACCAACACCUAAGACACUCUCUUUAAAUAGACGUGGCAAAGCUAAUAAAGAAACUAAAACUGAGACAAAAGAAAGCCAAAAUGAUAUCCCAAAAUCUCAAGAGAAGUCAAGCAAAAAGACAACCCAAACUCCAAAACAACCUGAUCCUCCAAAAAUUGUUGUUACUAACGAGAAUAACAAGGCAGUUAGUAGCCCAUUCUUUGAAAGUAAUAGCAAUACUACAACUAAAUCUACAACACGGAGCCGAUCAAAAACCGCCGACGUAAAAAACGCGCAGGAUUCUAAAGAUUCUGCUAAUAAAGACACUAAAUCCAGAUCAAAGAGUGCAGGCACUCCUGAAACUAGUAAAUAUUUCAAAGACAGUAAAAAAACGACAACUAAAAGAACCAAAAAGGCAGCUAAAGAUCCAGACGAUGAGCUAAGAGUGAGUCACAGGGAUCUCGUGCCGAAGACAAAUACCUCUAAGAAUGAUGUGACUUCUACACUGAUUGCAAUCAUGAAAGACAGAAUGGAAGAGUCCAUGAAUAAUGCUAAGGUGGUUAAGAAAACGAAAACUGUAAAAGCAGGAAAAUCAAAGGCAAACAAAGGCGACAGCGACUACGAACCCGAAGCAGCGAGCGACGACGAUUUCAAGCCGACCAAGAUCAGUCCGAAACCAAGUACGAGUCGCAAGAUCGACCGUCGAGUGCUAUCCACAGACGACGAGGCUCCCAGAGACAAGACGGACGUGUGGUGCGAAGUGUUCGUCGAAGAGUUGGAGCAGUGGAUAGCUGUCGAUGUGGUGAAAGGGCAGGUCCACUGCACAAAUGAGAUUUACAGCCGAGCAACCCACCCCGUCUGCUACGUCGUCGGUUGGGACAACAACAACUAUCUCAAAGACCUCACACGGCGCUACGUGCCCCACUGGAACACGGUCACCCGCAAGCAACGCGCCGAGCCCUCGUGGUGGGACACGGCUAUUGUCCCGUGGAAGGGGCCCAGGACGGCUCGGGACAGGGAGGAGGACGAAGCUUUGGACAGGAUGCAGUUAGAUGCUCCGCUGCCUAAGAGUAUUGCUGAAUACAAAAACCACCCCCUGUACGCGUUAAAGCGUCACCUGCUGAAGUACGAGGCGCUGUAUCCGCCGGACGCGGCCACGCUGGGGUUCGUGCGCGGCGAGGCGGUGUACGCGCGCUCCUGCGUGCACGUGUGCCGCUCGCGGGACACCUGGCUCAAGGACGCCAAGGUGGUGAGGCUGGGGGAGAAGCCGUAUAAGAUCGUCAAAGCACGCCCCAAGUGGGACAAGCUAUCCAACAAGCUGAUAACGGACAAGCCGCUGGAGAUAUUCGGGCCGUGGCAGGUGCAGGAGUACGAGCCGCCCGUGGCCGAGAACGGCGUCGUGCCGCGCAACGCCUACGGCAACGUCGAGCUGUUCAAGGCCUGCAUGUUGCCUAAAGGCACCGUACAUAUCAAACUACCGGGCCUGAACAAAGUAGCCAAGAAGCUGAACAUAGACUGCGCCCCGGCCAUGACGGGCUUCGACUUCAACGGCGGCUGGUCGCACCCGGUGUAUGACGGGUUCGUCGUGUGUCAGGAGUUCGAGGAGGUCGUCACGCAGGCCUGGCUCGAGGAUCAAGAAGAGAUGGAGAGGCGCGAAAGAGAAAAAACCGAAGCAAGGGUCUAUGGCAACUGGAAACGGCUGAUCAAGGGUCUCAUGAUCAAGGAGCGACUCAAGCUGAAGUACGGGUUCGAGGAGCCCAGCACUUCGGACAAGACUAAGAAUUCUAAAGGUCCACGAUUUGUGACGAGGAAAAAGAAGUAAGGUUCGAAAGUGAAUUGAAUACUUACUUCAGAUGGCGCCACAGUCUUAGUCCAAUCUCUUCUUCCUUGCCGUAUCCGGCAAUGGCGACUCCAUCAACAAUUCUUAUCCGGGUCAUGAAAUGCCCUUAUGUGGCUCGCAAAACCAAACUUUGUCUUGAAGAUGCGGUCACACGAUGCGCAAUGGAGUUGUCCAGUCGAGUUGUGGGUGUAUGUGUAGGAGGGCUUAGUUUGGCAAGAGUCACUUGUCAUGCAGAAAGAAUCAUAUGGUCUUUUUCUUAUGCUAGUAUUAUAAGAGCAAAAAAGGGACGAGUAUAGAGUUACACCAAGAAAACUCUGAUUUUGAUAGGCCACGCAGUGCAAGUAUUAUUUAUACGUCAUAAUUUUAUAAAUAGAAGGUCGUGUUUUUUAAAGUUUUUUUACCUACGUGAGAAAAGCAUGCAUUUGAAUUUUAGAGGUUUAAGCCCAUGUUAAUGUGAAACGUACCGAUUAUGUUUAGUUCGUAAAUACUUUUUACUGUGGAAUGAAGAUGUUGAACGGAAAAAUCUUAAUAGUGACAUUUAUCGAUUUGGCAAUACAUAAAGUUAGACCAUGAAAAGCAGCGAUUUUGGUAGCUCACGCAGUGCAAGUGUUAUGUAAUACGUCAUAAUUUCAUAGAAGUUUGACGUUUAAAAUAACACUGGCACCAACUUGCACUGCGUGGGCUAUCAAAAUUUCUGCAGACUUUUCUUGGUCUAACUCUAGUUAUAUUAUUCUAGUGUUACUCACAAAAGUAAUUGGUCGUGUUUUUUAAGGUUUUUUUAUACAACCUACAUGAGAAAAGCAUGCAUUAGGAUUGUAGAGAUUUAACCAUAUGUUAAUUUUAAACUUGCAAUUAUGUUUAGUUUGAAGAAUAAGAAAAAUCUGAACGGGUUCCAGCAGGCGUUCUACAUGACAUAAAAGCUCUCCAAGGGGCCUCUACGUGUUGGAUCUGUGUCCCCACGCAAGCCUAUCAAAAAACCGGGAUUAUAGGCCCGUGAUAUCCAAGGAGAAAAAUCUCAAUAGUCACAUUUAUCGAUUCGGCAAUACAUAAUCACAAUGGGACAUAUCAUGAUAAUGUCAAUGUCAAUUCAGUACCACCGAUAUUUAUUAUAUUUUUUUUUCGAUUUUUGACUUAUUAUCAAGUCACCUCAAAAAAAUGUAUAUGUUUAUGAUGCUCAUUCCAAGAGAUUAGAUCAGUGAAAUCAUACCGCCUAUACACUUUAAUUAUAUUAAUUAUGUACUAACAUCUCAAAUAUAGUUAUUAUAGUACCUAUAAAGUUAAGUCAAUCUUUUGUUAAUUGUUAUAUGUCUAUUCUGCGGGUAUUAUUUGCUAUUGUAAAAUUAAUUGUUAUUUAUGGUUCAUUUGUUAUCAUUUAAAUGUUGAAAUGCUUGCAAUUGAUUAUGUUAUGCGUGUUUUUAUUUUUUAUUUUUAACAUUAUUAUAAUGAUAAUUAUUACGAUAAAUUAAAAGUUAUAAUUUUA